UCAUCCACAUGCGCCUGUAGUUCUGUUUUGCUUCCUUCACGCACAUGAGACAAACCAACGUGGCUUUGCCUUUUGACAAGAAAUUACUACAGCUAUUUAAUGUAGUUACAUGUUUAUUAAAGAAAACACUUACACACAAACGCCGUCAUCAACGAAACAAGCCGUUUGACAACUUUACAACGCUUUGCUGCCUCAGAGACGAACCGUCCUCGGGGGAAAACAUGUUUAAUGAGGAUGAAGACUGGAAUGACGAACAAGACGCUCAAAUCCUGAGCACAACUGCCCUCGGAAACACCCAGAAGGCGAACAGCAGCACAAAUGUCAAGUCCAAGGUUGUUGGAAAGAAGAGCCUGCUGCGGACCCUGCAGACACUGGGAUCAGUACCAGAGUGGAAGAGCGACGACCAUCAGCAGGACAGUGACAGUGAGACAGAAGUGCCCCCAUCACACAGUAAGAAAAAGAAGAAAAGAAGGAAAAGGCCAAAGCAAGCGGAGACAACAGGAGAGCAGCAAGAGAAUGGCGACUUAGAUCAGACUGGUAAGGAGGAGAAACUUCUAACAACAAAGAGGAAGAAAGACAACAAAUUUGGGGCCCUGAAGGUAAAAACCACAUCUGUGGGCAAGACAAAGGAUAAAGAAAUGACAGAAUCUGCAAAGGUGAAUUUAAACAAUCCAGAGAACACAGAGAGACUGAGCAGACAACAGUGGAAAAACAAAAUGAAGAACAAGAGGAAAUGUAAAAAUAAAUACAGCCAGAAUAAGCCUGAGGAGGAAGUAAAUAAACCUGAAUCUGCAGUGAAACACAAACCAAUGGAAGAAGUCAAAACAGAUUCAUAUAGCAACAAGAACAGUGAAAAAAUCAGUCAGAAACCACCCGAGAAAAAGGAACAUAAACCACAGAAAAGGAAAAAGACUGAAGAGGACACUGACAUAUCCCGAACAACAGAAACACAGACACUCAGAAAAGAAAAGCAGCAGAUUGAAAAGGAGAAAAAAACAAAGGGUGGCAAAGCUGAAAAAGGUGCAACUGAAUCUUCUGCUGAUGGAUCAAAGCAGAAAGCAGAUGAACCUGAAGUGGAGAUCGCAGACGAUCAGCACCAGUUACCCACAAAAAGACCUGAGCUGAGCAAAGAACAGACUCUGAAAAGAGCGAAGCUACGGAAAAUGUUGCGCAGCCAGGAAACAGUCCAACAGGAGAGUCCUGCAGAGACGAAGGACGAGCCGGCGGCACCAGAGGAGGAGGUGAAACAGGACCGCUCUGCCUCCCUCAGGUCCCGCAUGGAGCAGCGUUUGGAGUCGGCUCGUUUCCGCUACAUUAAUGAAGUUUUAUACAGCACGUCCAGCGGCGAGGCGAAGCGUAUGUUCAAACAGGAUCCGCAGGCCUUCGGGAUUUACCACAGAGGAUACACGGCUCAGGUUCAGAGGUGGCCCGCCAAUCCAGUGGAUGAGAUCAUCUCUUACAUUCGACUAAGACCUUCCUCUCUAGUGGUUGCAGACUUUGGUUGUGGUGACUGUAAAAUAGCACGCAGCGUGAAGAACAAAGUGCACAGCUUCGACUUGGCAGCUGCCUGUGAGCAUGUCACAGUCUGUGACAUGGCCAACGUCCCGCUUCAUGAUGGCUCUGUGGACAUCGCUGUGUUCUGCCUUUCUCUCAUGGGAACCAACCUGGCAGAUUUUCUAGCAGAGGCCAAUCGUGUCUUAAAGAUGGGGGGUGUCCUUAAAAUAGCAGAAGUGACGAGUAGGUUCGAGAACGUGCGGAGCUUCGUCACUGCACUGGCAAGUCUGGGAUUCAAGAUGGUGUCCAAGUCACUGUGCUCAAAGAGGAAGUUAGUAGCUGGCAGCUGCAUCUUUCAUAGCUUACAGCGUGUGGCUUUGGUGCUGUGGGCAGGAAACAUCAGGACACAGAGAACACGCAUUUCUACUCCUUUGAAUUUGUGAAGAUGGGAAAUGCUCCAGAAAAUGUCAAGAAAUUUGGACUGCAGUUGAAGCCCUGUGUCUACAAGAAGAGAUGAAUUUAUGUGGGAGGACUUCAUUCAAACAAUGUCCAUGUAGUUUUUUUGUUUGUUUGUUUGUUUUGUUUUUUUAAGCUGAAUGUUUGUGUAUGUGCAGCUUGGGUCUACUGUUUUUCAAAGCAGUAGUUGUAAAAUGUAUUGUUUUUAAUUACUACUACUUGAAGCCUCUGUAAUCUUAUAAUAAUUUUUUUUGUUUCAACAGAUUUCAGUAGAAUUGAAUUAUCUGCAUUAUUUGUACAUGGUUUUUCAUGUAAUACAGGGCUGUGUGAUCAUGUGACAUCAAUAUCCAAGUGCAUGCAGGUUUCCUUCCAUUGUCUCUGGUUUAAGAUGAUCAGUGAAAUAACCCUAUGUGUUGUUUAGGUGAAAUGGAAACCUACAUACAUACAUUAUAUACAGGCCACCAAUUUAGUACAUUUUAUAAGAAAACAAGUUAUGUAAAUGUUAAGAUUGUCCUAUUGAAAAAUACUGAAAAUUCUGGAAAAAGUGAAAAACGAAAUAUACAUUUUUAAAAUGAAUCUUUCUUGUGACUGUAUGAUACACAGUAUUCUUAGGAGCACUGAUACUCAUGAUUGUAUUCAUUUUUUGUAGGAAAGUACAGCGGUUGUGUGGCACUAAACCUUCUAUAAACUAAAAAUUACAGUUUUAUUAUGUAAUAUUUUUAAUUACUGAUUCUGUUUGUGCAGUUUUCACUGCACUCUGACCAGCUCCAAGAAACUCUUCAGAAACUGUAAUAACAAAUAGAUCUCAGAGGGAUUCUGAGUAAAAACUUUAAAGGAAACUUAAA